AUGAGAGCUUUUCUUGCCUUAAUUUUCCUCACCUUCGUUAUGAACGUGGAAUCAAGUAGACCCUUGAUGGCAUUCACGCCAAGCCACGGCUGGAUGAAUGAUCCGAAUGGACAAUUCUACGAUUCCAAAAAUGAACUCUGGCACUUGUACUACCAGUACAAUCCCAACGACACAGUAUGGGGAACACCUUUGUACUGGGGCCAUGCAACUUCCAAAGACUUGUCGACCUGGAAGGAUUAUGGUGCGACUAUUGGACCCGAUCGUGACGAAGAUGGAAUCUUUUCUGGAAACAUUGUGGUUGACCAUAAUAACACUUCUGGUUUUUUCAACGACUCAAUUGACCCCAGACAAAGAGUGGUAGCAAUUUAUACGUACAAUACCGAAGGUUCUCAAACUCAACAUGUUGCGUACUCGCUUGAUGGAGGGUACACUUUUGAAAAGUAUGAACAUAAUCCGGUUUUGGAUGUUGAUAACAUCAACUUUAGAGACCCCAAAGUGUUCUGGCACGAGCCAACUAACCAGUGGAUCAUGGUGAUAGCUUUGAGUCAGCAAUUUAAGAUUCAAAUUUAUGGCUCGAUCGACUUGACGAACUGGAGCUUGCACUCCAAUUUUACUGGAGGACUCUUUGGGUUUCAAUAUGAGUGUCCUGGACUCAUUGAGGUUCCUGUUGAAGGGACUGAUGAGCUGAAAUGGGUUAUGUUCAUUGCAAUCAACCCAGGGCUGCCUUUGGGUGGUUCGUCCAACCAGUAUUUCAUUGGCUCAUUUGACGGAUUUGAGUUUGUACCAGACGACUCCCAAGCCAGACUUAUGGAUUACGGCAAGGAUUUCUAUGCUUUUCAAACAUUUGAUAAUGCUCCCAAAGAACUGGGUGUUGUUGGCUUGGCAUGGGCUUCCAAUUGGCAGUAUGCAAAUCUUGCACCUACAAAAGAGUGGAGAAGUUCCAUGACAUUGGCACGUCAAAUGACAUUAGCAUCUCGAAACAUGAACCCGGAAACCAAGGUUUUGUCGUUACUUCAAAAACCAAUUUUUGGCGAAAGUGUGGUGGCUGCAAAUAAAAUUUCAAAACGGAAUAUUACUGGUCAAGAUGAACAAGCCGUAAAAAUCCACAAGAAUUCCACCGGUACUUUUCUGUUUGAUAUCACUUUUAGUGUUGAUCUGCUGAAGAACCAAACUGGUCAACUACAGGUGAUUUCUGGUCAAAAUGGUGAGUCCAUUAGGGCAGGAUUUGAUCCCACAGCUGGUCAAUUUUUCGUGGAUCGUGGAAAUACUAGCGGAUUAAAAGAGAAUCCUUUCUUCACCGACAAAACUUCGGCUUAUGUCGAACCUUGGAAACACCAAAAUGAUUUGCCUGUUUAUAAAAUGUUUGGAGUGAUUGAUGGAAAUUUGAUUGAGGUCUUUUUGAACGAUGGUAUCGCGACCUUGACCAACACAUUUUUCAUUCCUGGUACUGAGGGACUUGAGUAUCUUGAGAUUGAGUCUUCUAGUGAUGCCAUCCAUAUAGUGGAGCUGGAGGUGAAGGAGUUAAAAUUGAGGGCAACUUCAUAG